UGGAAAUACUUCUUCUUUCGUUUUCUUACUCGUUAACUUUAGACUUCAGCUCGCGAUUCACGACCGUUCAACGUACGCGUCGCGAGGGACGCGCGAGAAAUACUAGCCACCACAAUUCCUUCGAUCCGACUCAUGACACUUAUACCUCACUCAAUGACUCCUCUAUCACUUCUAUAACAAGUGUCCACGGGGUCUGCUGAGCGAUUGAGGUCUUUCAAACCAGGUGUUGCGGCCCGGAAACGCUCGCGAUGUCGUCUCAGGGCGUUGGACAAUCGCCCCAUCCACAAUCGCAAGAACCUCCGGCGAAGGCCAACGAUGGCAGCGACGAGGAUGGGGUCUCAAUUAGACCAAUGAGGCUCAAAGUUCUCUACACCUUCGACGAUCAAAACAAGACCAAUUGUCUGGCUCGGGGACAGGAUGUUCUUCAGAUAAAAACUGUCGCCUUGGACGAAACCACGACUAUAGGUAUAAUUGAAUUGAAGACUUGUAUCGAAGCUGUCGUUCAGUGCAGUCCCGAGAUUGUCGCAAGACUUGGCCAGGAAGAUUAUACCGUCUAUGCGUACGAUUACUCUGAAUACGAUACCCCUCUCGUAGGACAGGGCAUGCUUUCACGGACUCUGGCGGCUUCUUCUCUGACUCAGGACGCUACCGCUCAUCAAUUUCAAAAGCUCAUUACGGGGCGCGUCUGCAAAAACGUCCUUGGGAUUUUCAAUAAUGGCGUUAAGGAAACAUUGGAGGUCAAGUUGCGGCUGCUGCCUGUUCCAGUGGUAAUGCAGGGCGAAUACCUUAAUGCGAUAGAAAAGUAUAGAGAGUUGAACAAGCCAACUCCAAUAGGCUUCGAUCCUAAUGAAUGGGCAUCAUUGAUGGCUGGAAAAAUUGGAGGCCCUAUUCCCAAUGCUUCCAAUCAGCGAGGCGGCAUGAACAUGGAGGUGGUCAAUCAACUUCUCAGCCCUCAGUUGCAACAGCAGCAACAAAUUUCUAUAGACCAAUUCGGCCAAGCCACAAAUGCUGAGAAUUCCGGAAACGAAAGCCACGAAGGAACAACGAAAAACGGCAGAGCGAAGACAUCCCGCCCGUCCUCAAGGGCUUCUGUCAAGAGAUCGAGACCAAAGGGGCGCCAACAGAAGACUGCUGCAGCAAGUGGAAACACGUCUGGAUAUGAAGAAGGCACAGAUGGAGAUGACAGCGUAGCGCCAAGGAAGAGGGCGAAGAUCACCAAGGCGGACUGGAAUAGCAAAUCCUCGUUUGGCCCUUCAACAGACUCACUUCGAGUCGCUGCGAGCACUGCAGGCUCUCUGCGGGUUUUUCGGCCUAUAGCCAUGAGCCCGGCACCUAACGCGGUGACAGAUUUGCAGGAAGCCCCACGCGCUCCAACACCAGUGCCCAACUCGUCCAAGCAACACCUGGCUCGGGGUCGUGCGCCCUCCAAGAGUGGCCUUCGCCGAGAGUCAUUUACAUUUCAGAAUGAGCAACCCCGACAACACGUCUCUCCAUACCCUCCUCUCGAGCCUGUUGUAGGAACAGAGGACCAAGUCAGGUACUCGAUUGAAUCAGCAGGCCCGUCCCCGGAGCGUAACGUCAGUCCCGGCGAGACACCUCCAGAUAUUGGCUCGUCUCCACCAGUGAUGAGGACCUGUUCACCCAUGAGGUCUAGUCCACCUUGCCCCUCCAGUCCUAUUUUGCCUCAAAUGCCCAGAACCGAUUCGGGAUUUAUGAGUGGUUCCAUCGACGAACUUUUCGGGGAAGAUGAUGCGACGAUGCGUCCUGUCGAGGAUGAAGAUGUUGAGGUAGCUGCUAAACAUAAGCGGCGCCGUACUCCUCGACCUCCACCCGGGAAGAUCCACCAUGGAUUUGUUAUCGAAGAAGAGAUACCUGGUCCUAUGGAGCUGUUGCCCACCAGAGUACCCCCCUUUAGGCAACUCAAGCCCAAGCCUGCGCCCAAGGCACCAAAAUCUCGGACAGGCAGUGUAAUGUCUGAAGAUGGACAGCAAAGCCUUCCUCCUCUGAAGUCCGACAGCCUGCCACCAUCUCGUCGCCGGACACCAAGCCGCCCAGAUUCCGACCUCGCGGUGGCACAAUCUAAGGAAGGCUCUCAACCGUCUUUGCCUGAACCUCAACAAGCAGUUGCCCAUUAUCCGGGUCUUCCACCCUCAACUCAAUCUACCCAACCUCCACCUCCUGCGGCGCAGCCCCAGUCUCGUCCUGGAUCCAGAAUGAUGGUGCGGACUGCAUCAAUGGGCUCGCUUACUCUCCCUACUGUUCCUGCAAGCGAUCCUGUCCUACCAUCAUCAGGCCUUCAGCGAUCCCAGACAUCCUCUGAGGCCCCUCACCCAGUGACCGAGGCUCCUAUGCCCACACAAGUGGAUAUCCCUGUGCAGGCGCCAACUCUUAUGUCAAUGCCCAAUGAGCACAAUAAUGUACCUUACAGUCGUACGGUAAACGCCAAGAAGGUCGCAAUCAGACAAAAACUAGAGCAAGCAAUUGCUAAUGGUGAGAUGCCUCCAUUCUGCAGCAACUGUGGGGCCAUAGAAACCCCGACAUGGCGUAAAGCAUGGUCGCAGGAGCAUCAGGGAGCCCCGGGAUAUUACGAAUAUUCCGAUGAGCCUGGCCGGGUCACUGCCAUUGUCAUACGAGGACGUGAUAGUGAUGGGAGCCCCACUUCCUAUCAACUCAUCAAGAAAUUCCUGGGUCCCAACGAAUCUCAAAGUGAUUGGAACGAAUUUCUACUCUGCAAUCCGUGCGGCAUUUGGAUGUCGAAAUAUAAAAGUCAACGGCCGGAAGAAAAGUGGGAAAGCAAUAAGAACAAGGCGGACAGGAAUGGAGAGAAGAAGCGUCCUUCCUACCGUCAACCAAGGUCGAAGAAGUCGAACGGCGGCAAUGCUCAUCCUACCUCUGAAGGAAAUUUCCCUCCAUCAGAUGCCUACUUCCCUCCUUCAGAAGUCUGUUAUCCUAUCUCUGAGAUUCCUGGACAGGGCGUGUCAACUCCUGAAACGACCGACGCAACGCAGCAGCACGAUCUCCAGAUCCAAAGAGUUGAAAUCCCCCCCAACCGCCAACGAUCUACCAGUGCUCGUCCGAUGAAACGAUUACAUGCAAUGACAUCGGACGCUGCUCCCGCAGCACUGAGGCAGGCUAUUCAAUCAAGUCCGGCAAGAUGGGCAGGAACUCGUCACAGCCCUAUCGAGGUUGACGAGGAGCUUGGAUCUACUAGACGUCUCUUGUUUCCCUCGCCGAGGAAAGACGGAUCACCGAAAAUCUUGGGGGAGGUAGCAAGUAAUACUACUACAGACCAUUGCUCGCCCAAAGAAACCGGCGGCAAAGAGAAUUGUCCGCCUGCGUUGGAUGAAGACGCCGAUCCCGAGAUUCUCAAGCUCUUCGAGGAAGAAAUAACUCGGCCAACGACACCAGUUCAGAAAUCGGUAGCGCCAAAUCCGUUCAAGACACCGACUCGACCAACCCCAAAUCAUAGGCCGAUUACUCGGAGCGUGUCGAGGUCUAUGCGGUCUGAAAAAUCGCCCAAUCAACUACUUUUGUUGUCUCAGCAGACACCGUCACGAACACCUACCAGUGCGCGUCGUCGAUCGCCUCGUAACCAUCAAAUUGCCUUCGAGUCACCGUUCACCGCCACCCUCAACCAGCUAAUGUCCGAGGCCAACAAUCACACAUCGCCCCCACGUCAUUGUAGUUUCGAACUAGAUUUCGGAAACCUUCCUGAUUUGCCUCUUCUAGGCGACCCUAAUCAACAGGGCGACCAAGGACAGGUAAAUUUCAGUCUUGAGGACUUCUUCUCGACUGGUGUGCCAAUGCCGAGCUCGCCGUCGAAAGUGUUCCAUCUUUAUGAGGAUCCAAUGACGAUGGCGAAUGUGGAUUGGAGUGAGUUUAACAAUUUUGAUGCUAAUAUGCUGGAGAAAGGAAGCAAGGAUAAUGAGGGUGAUAAAAAAAUCGAGGAUAAGAAGGAGCACGGGUCUGGGGAGGAGCCCGGAGAGCCAACACAGCCGAAGGAAAGCUCCGAGGAGCAACAGCACAGCUGAUGAAUUAUGAAAGUGUUUUACGACUGUCAAUUACAUAGCGUGGUGUUAUGGAUUUGUCUGGAUACCAUGGUUGGGCAUAAGCACAUGGAGUAUUGAUUAGCAUAUUUUAGGUGGAAAUCAGAGCAUUGCACAGCAAAGCUUAUAAUUGAGUGCCAAUGAGCAGUCAAAAAAAAUUCAUAGCUA